AUGCAGCAGCGCGACUGCCCCUCAUCACAUAAACUGCACACCCACCCAGCCCCGAUCCCAGAGCUGCUGGGGGAGUCCAGGGGGGAGUGUGGGGUGAGUGCAGAGGGAGGCAUGGAGCCCAAGGACAUGACUCACAGACACCUCCGGCACAAGCUGCAGAGCCUGAGCCGGCGGCUGGACGAGCUGGAGGAGGCCACGGGGAAACUGCAGAAGGCUGAGGACGAGCUCCUUGAUCUGCAGGACAAGAUCAUCCAAGCCGAGGGCAGUAACUCCACCCUGCUCAGUGACGUGGAGACUCUUCGGAAGCGCCUCCUCAAGAUCCAGGGCAAAGACGAAGAGGUGCGCAAGGCUGAGGACCUGUGCCGGACUGUCCGCGAGAAGCUGGAGGAGGACGAGAGCCUCACUAUGGAGCUGAAGGCGGAGAUCGAACGCCUUCAGAGGAGGAUGGGCGACCUGGAAAAACUGGAAGAGGCUUUCGGGAAGAGCAAGUCGGACUGCAGCCAGCUCAGCAUAAGUCUGAACGAGGAAAAGAACCAAACCACGAAGCUGUCGUCGGAGUUGGAAGCACUUAAGUCCCGCCUGAAGGAAAUGGAAAGCUCUGAGACGAAGCUGGAAAGGGCCGAGCAAGCGUUGUCAAUUGAACUCGAGAAGCUUAAAGGAUUCAGUCAUACAUUCAUGACCGACCGCAAAAGACUGUUGGAAAAGCAAAGGGAGGAUGAGAGUAUAAUUUCAAAGUUAACAGAACAACUGGAACAUCAAAAGAUACGCCUGGGUAUUUCGGCGGACGAGCUAACGUCAUCGAGUAUUCUCUCAAGUAAACUGGCCGCACGCAAAAAGAGCCUUGACUACUUGAAACUGGCUGAUGGUAAUAUAGCAAACAAGGUGCAGAACAAAAAGAAUAGUUUGGAGGGUUCACAGGAGGAGGACAAUAAGAUUAAGGAGCUGACGUUGGAAGUGGAAAGACUCAUGAACCGCCUCAAACAGUUGGAGCUCGUGGAGGAGGACUUGAAAAGUUCGGAGUCUAAAAACGGGGAGCUUCAUGAGAAGUUUCAGAUGGAGCGUAAUAGAACAAGACUACUUAACGAGCAAGUGGAACAGCUCCGAACGCAACUGUGCGGUAAAGGACUCGGCAAUGGAAGCACCAACAGCAAAGUUCUGGAAAACGGGAAACCAGAGAACGAAGAAAUGGUCAGUAAAGUUGUUUUCAGACAAGAGAAGCCGAAGUAUCAAAGGAUAGCGACCGUUGCGGAGCCAAAGUCCCCGAAACAUCGCAACAGGGAAAUGUCUCCUCAGCAAAAGAGAGAAACAAAGCUGAGAAGCAUGUCUGAAGAUGGUUCUCCAAAGGGCAAUAGAAGACCACAAAGCCCUCUCCACAAAGUAAGGAGGACUCCGAGAAGUCCUACAGUUACUUCAGACCAUGGUCUCAAAGAAACGUCGAGACUUCCCACAUACAGUGCCAUCAAUGCUUCUCAGAAAGUUUCCGUGUUGAGUCGCUAUCCUCCAGCUGCUAAAGACCAGAAGCCAACAAGGUUAGGCUACAAGCAGCAAGACGGAGAUGCUAAGAAGGUUCGUCCGGGGAGUGUUUCCAAGAUGUACCUUGAAAGUGACAGUGAAUCGAACAACUCUGAUGUGAUGCCAGAUGGUAGCCCUAACAGUAUUGCAGCAAGUAUUGAUCAGGAGUCGACGGAAACUGUUCUGGAAUCUCUCCCCACGUCUCUUUCGUCUUCCAAAGCCAACGGGUCUUACGUGGCGUACCGAUCACAUGUAUCACCACUGUUAGGAACCGAUCAAGGUUCCGAAGAGCACUCGUCGGCAUCGGAAACUGAGUCAAACGGUUCAAGACCUUUGGAACCAGAACCGAUCUUGGAAAUGUCCACAGCUUCCGUCAGCAGUAGAGUCCCAACUUCUCGUGUCUCAAGGUAUACCCACGCAAAUGACUCUCACUCCGAAGGUUCCUCCUCAAGAAGCUCCUUUGACGAAGAGCUCCACAAUCGAAACCAUUUGUCGGAGAUGGGACACCAGGGAAUUCCGCAAACUCUGUCGGGGAUUGAGAUCCAGAGAGUGUGCAGUCCCAGAGAGGCGUUGAGGUCUAAGGCCGUGAUCAAACCAGCCAUUGUGGAGAUCGACCGCAAGGAGAUGCUUUUCUCUGAACCCUACGCUGCUAAUGGCAAACCCAAGAUCUCCACCAAGCCUGUAGGGACCUCUACCAGUAAAAUGACCAGCCGUAUAACGAUUUACCCCAACGAUCCCAGCUCCUCCCGGACCAGCAGCCGCAGUAGCAGUCUGUCCAGUGAGCCCCUGCCCAAGGAGCGCCACACCUCCACCAGUAACUUUCUUAUAGGCUCCAGCAGCGACCAUCACGGUAGUAUCUCUGUGCCCUACGAGAUCUCCAUCCCUAUAAGCGACCUGGCCUUACGCCCCAGCCUGGACCAGGACAGCCUUGAGCCCCACCCCUCUGUGGCUGGAUACGAACCUCACCACACUUCUACCACCACCACCGCCACCAGUCACCGCUACCAACGCACCAGCAGCGCCAGCGACCUCGGCGAGCCCCAUUCCGUGUUGGAGAUCAGCAGCUCGGCCAAGAACGUGACCGUGCGGAGCGCCUGGAGGAACAGGGGGAUGGCAGAGGAGGGCGGAGCCAGCAGGGGAAAGGGCGGAGUCAGGGGCACAGCGGACGGGGGCUCGGAGGACGAGACCGAAGUGGCCACAUGGAGAGCGUACCGAGCGACCUCCGUGGACAUGGAGGAGAUGAGGACGGGCAAGGCUUCCCCUGCAGAGGUUUACAUGCGUAGGAUCAACACUGAAGAUCCAGCAGCCGGGACCCGUCGAGCCAAGCCCUCCCAGACCCCUGAGUCCUCCCUGGGCCGGACCAUACCCCACGCCCCUGUCACCUCACAGUCCUGGGGCAGAGCCAACACGGCUGAAGGCCCAGACUCCAGCCUGAGUACCAGCCACAGCCCCGCCUCCUGGAGGAGACCUCUGCCCAACACAGACUCUCCUCUUCUGGGCAGCUCCAAGACUCCAGGGGCCUCCUCCUCCAGAGCAGAGCUGUGGUCCCGGGGCCAGGGGUCAGGGGCCCGCACAGAGGGGAGGGCUCGGCCAUGGAGCCAGCGGCAAGCUGAGCACCACUGA